CCGCGGCGCCAGGGAAGUGCGCAGGCGUGUGAGGCCGGCGUGCGCAGGCGCAAGAAGGGGCAGGUCCCAGUCCAGUCUGGGGGUGUCCGAGCUGCCGAGGCCGCAGAGGAGUGGCCGAACUGCGUGAAUAUCCACGUUUCAGUUUCUGUGCCUAUCAAGAGUUCUAAUUCAUCAUGGAUAAUCUGUCAUCAGAGGAAAUUCAGCUGCGGGCUCACGAGGUUACUGAUGAGUCUCUGGAAAGUACAAGGAGAAUCCUGAGUUUAGCUAUUGAGUCUCAGGAUACAGGAAUCAAGACUAUCACUAUGCUGGAUGAACAAGGGGAACAACUAAAACGCAUAGAAGAAGGCAUGGACCAAAUAAAUAAAGACGUGAGAGAGGCAGAGAAGACUUUAACAGAACUCGACAAGUGCUGUGGCCUUUGUGUCUGCCCAUGUAAUAGAUUCUCAGAUGUUGGUUGUUGCUGUGAAACCAGGACAAAGAACUUUGAGUCUAGUAAGGCCUAUAAGGCAACAUGGGGAGAUGGUGGAGACAACUCUCCUAGCAACGUUGUAUCUAAGCAGCCAGGGCGAGUGACAAAUGGUCAGCCUCAGCAAGCAACCACAGGAGCAGCCAGCGGCGGAUACAUUAAACGGCUGACAGCAACAAAGAUCGUAUUGACAAUGCCAAUGCCAGAGCAAAGAAACACAUUGACCGCUAAAGCUACUGCUGUCCUUUUUUAUCAUUUAUUCACUUCCUCAGCUUCUCCUUCAAAGUCAUUGCCUUUUCAGAGUUUGAAGUUUUGGUUCUACACUCAGGAGAUAACGUGGAAGAAGGGCAAGGAGUAACAGCCCCCUUAUUUUUUUGUUUUCUUUUUCCCUUGAGGGUAGACUGCUGCUCAGCCUUCCUUCUAGUAUUUUCCUGCUCAGUUCAUACUUUUAGAUUAGUUUUCAUACAUCGUACAUAGUGUUGUUUU